AAGAGUGUUUUCCACCUUGCCCUCUUCACUUACCUCUCUUUCUCGUCUAAAUCUUUCCAUUUUCUCUCUUACACGAGACAUCAUGGAUCCUUACAAGGUUGUUAUUCUACCUCUCUCCUUCUUCAAAUCGAAUUCAUGUCUCUGCUUAAUACAAUAUCGUCCAUCAAGUUCUUACAACUCUCCGUUCUUCACUACAAAUUCUGGCGCUCCAGUCUGGAAUAAUAACUCAUCGCUUACUGUUGGUUCCAGAGGUCCGAUUCUGCUUGAGGACUAUCAUUUGGUGGAGAAACUUGCUAAUUUUGACAGGGAAAGAAUCCCAGAACGUGUUGUUCAUGCUAGAGGUGCGAGUGCUAAAGGGUUUUUUGAAGUGACCAAUGAUAUAUCUCAUCUCACUUGUGCUGAUUUCCUUAGAGCCCCUGGAGUCCAGACCCCUGUUAUUGUCAGGUUUUCUACUGUUAUCCAUGAACUCGGCAGUCCUGAAACUCUAAGAGACCCCAGAGGUUUUGCUGUGAAAUUCUACACUAGAGAGGGAAAUUUUGAUCUGGUCGGCAACAAUUUCCCAGUCUUCUUCAUUCGUGAUGGGAUGAAGUUCCCUGAUAUGGUUCAUGCUCUCAAGCCCAACCCUAAAUCACACAUUCAGGAAAACUGGAGGAUACUUGACUUCUUCUCACACCAUCCCGAGAGCUUGCACAUGUUCUCCUUCCUGUUUGAUGACAUUGGUGUUCCACAAGAUUACAGGCACAUGGAAGGCUCUGGUGUUAACACCUAUACUCUAAUCAACAAGGCUGGGAAGGCAUAUUAUGUGAAAUUCCACUGGAAACCAACUUGUGGUGUCAAGUCUUUAUUGGAAGACGAGGCCAUAAAAGUUGGUGGAUCCAAUCACAGUCAUGCCACACAGGAUCUCUAUGACUCCAUCAGGGCUGGAAACUACCCUGAGUGGAAGCUUUUCAUUCAAAUAAUUGAUCCUGCUGAUGAAGACAAGUUUGACUUUGAUCCACUUGAUGUAACCAAGACUUGGCCUGAAGACAUCUUGCCUUUGAUGCCUGUGGGCCGCUUGGUGUUGAACAAGAAUAUUGAUAACUUCUUUGCGGAGAACGAGCAGCUAGCAUUUUGCCCUGCUAUUAUAGUGCCUGGUAUCUACUAUUCGGAUGAUAAGUUGCUGCAAACUAGAAUCUUCUCGUAUGCUGAUACUCAGAGGCACCGCCUCGGGCCAAAUUAUCUCCAGCUUCCAGCAAAUGCUCCAAAGUGUGCUCAUCACAACAAUCACCAUGAAGGUUUCAUGAAUUUUAUGCAUAGGGACGAGGAGGUCAAUUACUUCCCCUCAAGGUUUGAUCCUGUCCGUCAUGCUGAGAGAUACCCUAAUCCUUCUGUCAUUCACACUGGCAAGCGUGAGAAGUGCAUAAUUGAGAAGGAGAAUAACUUCAAGCAGCCUGGCGAGAGAUACCGUUCAUUUUCACCAGACAGGAAAGAGCGCUUUGUUCGCCGUUGGGUUGAGGCCUUGUCUGACCCAAGGGUUACAUAUGAAAUUCGCAGUAUUUGGAUAUCAUACUGGUCUCAGGCUGACAAGUCUCUGGGUCAGAAGCUUGCUUCUCACCUCAAUAUGAGGCCAGGCAUUUGAAGAUGUUUCUGGUGCUGAGAAGCGUAAAGAAAGCAAAAAUAUUUUUUUCAAGGACUCAAAUGGCGACAUUUUUCCAUUUGAUUGCUGUACCUUUGUAUACUGGGUUUAAUGCUGUUUUGUGACUUCUUUAUGUAAUGGUUGAAGAGUCUUUGUAACAAAAUGUUAUAUUGUGUCAUAUGAAGGUUUCUGUAAUAACAGGUGGUUUACAAUAAAAAUCCCUGCUGUGUUCUCUAUAGAUUUCCAAGGGAUGAGUAGAUUUCCUA